CGGGACAUUAGCGACAGCCCACCUGUUUGGUUUGCAUAGAUCAGGUGCAUUCUUUAUACAUAGAUGUAUGCUGAUUUAAUGCACGAAAGGAUUACUGUAUUAAUCGGUAGGGGGAAGACAGACAGCUGGUAUGGUUGUUUUGAUCUGACACAGAUUGACAGUGCUUCAGGUGUGUUUUUAUAGGUUUUGAGGCGGUCCCCAAGCAAAACUUGCUUUCAUGUCUACUAUGGCAAGGAGAUCAGUUGGUAGUGAUAGUUGUUACAAGUUGUGAGGUGGAAUAUUACAGGUGUCCUAAACAGCUAGGACUGUCUGCCUGCCUAUUGUGGUGAACAUUUCGUUAGAUGAGAGCUGGUUCAUGUCAGGAUAAAAAUUCAUCAAACACACAACUAGGCAAAAGUGUAGACAAAUUCUAUGGAGCCCAGGAUAUGGAGGAAUCUAAAGGAUUAUCUGAAUUAUGUACGGCAAAAUUAGUGACCCAGUCAAACGAUAUUGGAUGCCAGCCCUAAAAACUAGUCGACAAACUGGCACUGAAGCAAUGUCCUAGUCCAUAACAAAAGUUUUAACCAGUGAAACGCCAUGGAUGCUAAAGAGACCAAAGAGAGAAUGCUGUUCAUUCAUGAAUCCCCUCACGGAGAACAGAUGUCCAGCAGUGUAGAAAAAAGGGUAUUUCAAUCAGAUAACGUGAUGUCUACUUCAGAGGUUCGAACAACUACAAAUGGAGUACCUGCAUGGGGGGUACCCCCAAGAAUCCCCUCACCCGGAAUUCCCCCUCCCCCACCCCCUCGCCAGUACCACUCACAAGUGACUGCUAAUUACAACACAGAAAGUACGGGAAGUCAGUCCAGUAGAAACUAUUCUACCUCCAGCAUGCAGAAGAGCAGCAGCAGUGGUCAGCAGACAUCACUCCGGCGGCACCAGUCUGACAGCGGCUUUGUCAAUGGUGAGAGGUACAACUCUGUGGGAAGGGAGAUAGCCACCGCCCAAAUCAGAGGAGGAGAUGUCACAAAAAUGCCUGGAAAUGGGUACCACAGAGAGCGAGUGCAACAGGUUGUGACCAUCAAUGAAGGGGAUAAAUGUACAUGUUGUCCCUAUGGCUACCAUGUGGAUCUGGAUUUUGUUAACUAUUGUGAAACUUUGGCUGAUGGAUCCUAUUUGACUAAAUUAAAGAGAAUUCAGAGAGAGAAACGCAAGUUACGAAAGUCCAUGGAGUUUUUUCUUCAGCAACAAGAGAACCAAGAGCAUUCCAGUCCACCGCCAGACCUUGUUCAGAACGUCAAUGUUCAAGCAACGGCCUUCCUCAAAAACAUUGAAUACAAAGACUCUGCCACUAACAAAGUGUUGGAGGAAAUAGAUUCUUCUGUGGAUCAGACAUUACAUUCCAUUGAUUCCAUGAUGUACACUACACAGGCACAUUCCCAGUUGGUCAGUUCUGAUGAUGACAUCAGCCCCUCAAGCAAUCAAAACUUCAACACAUUCCCUAUGUCUAAGUCCUAUAAGAACCAGAAUGUGGAGGAUGAGGUGAUCACUCGUGACUUUUCUCUCAGAGAGUUGGGAAGAUCUGAUUCCAAGGAGUCACUGUCCUCCAUCUCCACCAUGGCCAGUGAUACUUAUAACUUGGUGCCUGUUAAGGUAACCGGCUUUGCUCAGAUGACUAGAGGAGGCAGUACAUCCGAGAACAAUGCCAGGUUUACUCACAUUACAACAGAGGAGCUGGAGUAUACAAUGGCCACUCAUCUGCCAACAGAAGAGUCCACCACAACAAACAUCAGCAAGUCCUCUAUGGAGACUGUCCGUAAAACCAUGGAGAGUAGCCUUCAGAGGAUAAGGGAGCUGGAAGAACAGGUCAAAGCCAUUCCAGUGUUACAAGUCAGAAUAUCAGUGCUGAAGGAGGAGAAAAGGCUACUGAUGCUUCAACAGAAAGCCAGGAACCAAAAACUGAAUACAAGAACAAUAGGAGUUGGAGAAAGCCCUGUGAUUCCUCCUCCCUCUCCAAAAUCUCCACCCCCAACUCUGCCCAAACCCAAAGUCAAGAAUGUUGGGGUGGGGGAUCAUAAUAUCAUUGAGGUGUAUCUUCUGCAACCUGAUUUAUCCCCAACUUGUACAAUUCAUGACAACGAAAAGUUUUUCAGUGAGACAACUGUUAUAGAGCGGGACCACUACCAAGGAGUGUUUGCGCCAUUUGCUAAACAUCUGCCUAAGCCUCCAACCAGAACAGUGGGUAUUGGUGAGGGGAAUGUAUUUGAUGAUGGCCUGAGGAUUCACGAAAAAGAACUGAGAACAGUCAUUAUUGGAAAAGAAAGUGUGGGCAAGAGGAACGUGGGUGUAGACUGUCGUGUUGCCACAAGAGAUGUAGGAAUGAAUUUCUCUCUUGAUGAUGAAAAACCAGCUACUAGGUCUGUAGGAGUGAAUGUGGACUCAGAAGCUUGGUUGACAACCUUAAACGUCAAGGCAUCAGAGGUGAGAAAAGCCAUGCAGGAAGCUCUACACAGAAGUGUCAAAACAGUGGGAGUGAGCUGUGACUUUAAGGCUCAGACAGUAGAUACAGGAGUACAGUACACUCACCAGCAUUUCAGAUCUAUUGGUGUAGGAGACGAAUCUGUGGAAAAACCUCAGAUCCCAACACGAACUGUUGGUGUUGAGGCCCAGCCUGAAACAAUGUCUAAAGCAGCUAAUACAGACUAUGGUUGGAAGGUGGAUUCUGCCACCAACACAGUCAAAUUCUUUACAGACAACAAGGGAGUGCAGUCUGAGAAAACUCGUCAAGGGACAAUGAGUACAAUGACAGAAGGCACAAGGACAUACCAUGAGACCACACAGACUGAGCACAGAAUCUUCCUGGCUCUUAACAUGGUUAAAAACACUGAAUGUAACACGGAGGAGAAGAAAAAGAAAACUGUGUCUUGUGACACUGACAUUCGUGAGUUGACAAAUGCUGACUAUGGAUUUCACAUCACAUUCCGUGGUCGCAAUAUAAACUCAUACGAUGCAGGAUGCAAUACUGAAAGGAAGAAGAUGUGUAGUGUUGGAGUUGGAGAGGGAAAAAUAGAAUAUGAAGAUGAACCAAUGAUGGAGGAGACGACUGAGGAGGUGACGUAUGUGACACAGACUCAGAUUAUAGAGGCAGCACAGCAGAACCUGGCCCGGGGCAAGCAAAUCACCCGCACGUAUGGAACAGUAUCAUCAGCUGACAGAAGCGCUCUAACCAAGCAACUGCUAGAAAAAGGAGUGGUGGAAAUUCCUCAGUCCUCUGUUAUUAUUCAAGAAAUUUCAUCAUCUGAAGGUCCAAUGGAUAUAAAGACAGAAGAAACACAUCAGUCUUCAGGGUCACAAUGUGAUGACGAUGCUAUGAGUAGUGAAAGUCGGACAUCAAGCAGAAUGUACUCCAGUGCCAGAUAUGGAACAGUAUCUGAUGACAGUUUCCCUGGGUUAACAGACAAAAAUGAGACUGUUGUUUAUUCAAGUUCAAAGUUUGGGUCUGGCGGUAGUUCUGAUAUGUCUAGAUUUGAUGUGAGUGAUAUGUUAAAGGAACAAGAGAGCAGUGGUCAGGGGUCCGAGUCUUUAGUGGAAAAGAAGAUAACCAGUCAAGGAGGAAACACAUUCUCUGUUACAACAAUUACCACAAAGAAGCAUUCAGGAGACAAUGAGGGGGGUGAGGAGACUCUGCUGGAUGGAGGGGAGAGACUGAGGGUGCUAACCGGCCGGGCCACAGAUCAGUCUGGGGACUCAUCGGCCAGUGGAAUGUACAAAGUCACCCACCAUUCAUCCACCAUGUCUUAUGAUGGUGAUUCUUCAGAUUCAGGAAUGAGCAGUUUUGUCAAAGAGCAGAGUAGUAAAGGUCUUGACAAUGAUUCUGUUGGUGAACUAUGUAUGACUUCAUCAGAGAGUUCUUCUUCUGGCGUGGACACCAGCAAUGAAGACCAAGAGGAGGUUCAUGUCAUCACAGAGACUUACUCGCUCAGGGAUAUAGGGGGCCAGAGCUACUACGAAAAAUACAUCAAGUCUGCUGGGAUGGAAUCAGAGAAUACAGCUGGAAGAGGGCAAGACAGUUCAGAUCUGGAUACCAUGGACAGUAUAAGCUCAGGCUCUCUCAAGUCCUGCAUGAAGAAAAGUAAAUCAGAAAAUGGGGUCAAAAGGGGCAUUACUUUUGCUGAAACAGUCACAGGAGGUUACACUUCUAGUAGCAAUGGAGAGGAGAGCUCGGAGGAGAACCCCUCAGACACCGAGUCGACCACCAGCUAUGAGGAGGGCUCCUAUGACGGGAGGGAGGGGAGCAUCGUGUACCAGUGUAAAGAUGAUGUGGCUAUAGCAUCGGGGGCUCCUGGGGCCAUGAUGUUUGAUCAGAAUAUACGGGAAAUUUUUGAACUUAACCCUGAGAUGAGGGAGUCCUGUGAAACUCUUGCCAAAUACCUGGAGAACUCCACAGAAGUCACAACCAAACAGCUGAAUAUGAGUAUUGAAGCCAUUAAGAAGGAGUGGUUUAAGGUGUCCAGCCACAAGCUUUCUGAUCCUAACCAAGUGGAAGAUUAUCUGUCCAGCUUCAAUGAGAUUUCCAAACCCUGCCUGAAACACAUUGUAAAUCUACAAGACGACAAUGGUAAUACAGCCAUUCACUAUGCUGUGUCCCAUUGUAACUUUGACAUAGUGAGUCUGCUGCUAGAUACCGGUGUGAUUGAUCUGAUUAAGCAGAACAAAGCGGGCUACACCGCCACCAUGCUGGCUACUCUGGCUUACCCACAGACAGACAGACAGCAGGACGUCAUCCAGAGGCUCUUCUCCAUGGGUGACAUCAAUGCCAAGGCCUCCAAGGACGGGCAGACGGCACUCAUGUUAGCGGUUAGUCAGGGUAGAAAGGAGAUGGUGCAGAUGUUGUUGGAUGUCGGUGCUAAUGUGAAUGCCCAGGAUAAUGAGGGCUCUACAGCCAUGAUGUGUGCAUGCGAGCACGGACACACCGAAAUUGUCAAAAUUCUGCUGGCUCACCCUGAUUGUGAUGCCACUAUCGCUGAUAACGACAACUGCACUCCUCUGAAAAUUGCCAUGGAUGCUGGCCAUAAGGACAUUGGGGUCCUUUUGUAUGCUCAUCUUAAUUUCAAACAAACACAGGUCAACCUUGGCCUUGUCAGAAAAAAGAAAGUAUCCAGUAGCUCUUCUCCCUUACCAAGCCCUACAUUCAGAUAGCAGUUCUUCCGGAAACCAUUGUGUAACAAAACUCUUCAUCAAAUCAUCUUGCCAAGACAAAAGGAAAGCAGUCAACUGACAAAUCCAAGAAUAUCAAAGUUCAGCAAUCCAUACAUUUCCAUUGUUGCAGAAACAAAAAUAAUCUCUGGAAAGUUUGCACCUUUUUCUAGAAUUGAUUAAUUCCAGUUUUUUGGGAGCCCCACUCUGUUGAAAUACUCAAGAGUCGCAGAUGUUACAAGACUUUUACUGAUUCAAUUAUAUUUAUUUUUUACACUGUGUGUUUAUACCCUGGCUAUAUGGUACCGGUACAUGGUAAAACAAUAUUUUAGAUAUCCAUAUUUAUUGCAUAUUGACAAUGUAUUUUUGGUACCCGCCAUCUUUAUGUACUAUAAUGAGCAAGCUAAAGUAAAGUGCUGUAGCUAUUACAUUCAAUCUGUUGGAAUUUUAUACCCUACUCUUUCAUUUGAUGUGAGUCUUUGUAAGUAACGAAACAUUUGUGCUAUAUCUGCAUCAACCUACAGGAUUUCAGCCUGUCCCACCCACCCCAAAAUAAAAAAAAUUGAGAACAAAUAAGCAUAAUUCUUAACUGAAUUUCAAAUUGCUUUUAAAACUAUUUAUCACAUAAUUGGUAAAAUGGAAUAUCUUAAAUUUACACAUUACUUGAAAGCAUACAUUUUAUUAUAAUACAUGUACAUAUAUUUCUACCGUAUAAGCUCUUCAACUGUGUAUAGAGUUAAUACAUGCAUUUAUUUUUUCAAAAGAAAGUCUACAUUUCAAUAAUAUGUAUUCAAGUAAGGUUCUUGUUGUAAAAUACAAUUUAUUUACGUACUCAAAAAAUAUUCAUGUUAUUCAACAGUGUUGUGAAUCUUUUCUUUUCAACAUUCAAGAUACUAGUACAUUCCUAUGUUUUUUUAGGAGAGGUAUGGAGUUUUGAGAAAAAAAAUAAUAUUUGAUCCAGUUUACUGGCCAUCUUGAUAGUUCUAAAGGUUGUGUCAUACUAUGUCAUAGUUUUAGAUAAUUCGAUAUUUUAUGAUGUUGUUAAUGUACCUCAAACUUACUCUUUAUAAGAUGUUUGAAUAUUUCAAGCAAAUUGUCCAAAGAAUUUUACAAUUAUGCAAAUUUGUUACUUGAACUAUGCACUGUUACAAGCUAUUUUAUCUAUGAACUAUUUACUUGCAUAUCAUUUGUAGUUAAUAAAUUGUAAGACGAGA